AUGGGUGAACCAGAAGCGGUCAGAGAGAACGACAAAGAAAAACAGAAGAGCAACGAUGGCGAAACGGUGAUGAAGAACAACAGCAACUGCUUCGUUGGUCUUGCGGACGGCCGUGGUCUGUCGCUGAAAAACCUCGUCAACCCGGUGGUGUCGCUAGGUCGGCAGAACCUGUCCAAUGUCAACGGUCCUAGUUUUGUGUACGUGAAGCUGAAUGUCGGUGGCUCGCUGUACUAUACGACCAUCAGCACGCUGACCAAGCAAGACUCGAUGCUUCGUGCCAUGUUUUCUGGGCGUAUGGAGGUGCUCACCGACUCAGACGGAUGGAUCUUGAUCGACCGUUGUGGCAAGCACUUCAACCUCAUUCUCAACUAUCUGCGCGAUGGCGCCGUUGCGUUGCCCGAUUCUAGGCAGGACAUCAGGGAAAUCCUGGCUGAAGCCAAGUACUAUUGUCUUCAAGGACUUAUCGAUUUGUGCCAAAGCUGGCUAGAUUCGUCGCAGUCGGCAGAGACAGCGGUCAUCUGCCGUGUGCCGAUCAUUGUAACGGCUCGCGAGGAAAAGCUGUUGUUGCAGUCUACAAGCAAACCAGUCAUCAAGCUGUUGCUGAAUCGCCAUAACAACAAGUACUCUUACACCAGUCAGUCAGAUGACAACCUACUGAAAAACCUUGAACUGUUCGACAAACUUGUGUUGAGGUUUAACGAAAGAGUGCUAUUCAUCAAAGAUGUGGAAGCAGCAAACGAAGUGUGUUCGUGGACGUUCUACGGGUACGGUCGUAAGGUUGCCGAGGUGUGCUGCACUUCGAUUCUCUACGCCACGGACAAAAAGCAUACUAAGGUUGAGUACCCUGAAGCAAGGAUAUACGAAGAGGCGAUGAAUAUAUUGUUAUACGAGCCGACGGCUAAGCCGACUACGAUGCCGAUUUCUGUCGACUCCCACUCUCUUUACCACCGAUGUUUGGACGAAACCGAAGGGCUGAACGACGGGUUGCCGCCUUUUCAAGGACAACAUCCUAAAAUCGACUUGUAG